AAAUUUGGAUAACGUUGGUCUCUUCCUUUCUUAAGACCAGGGUGGAACUCUUCCCGUUGCCGGAUGGCUUCUUCUUCCUUCCUCCUCCAUCAGCUAGCCAAUACAUUCGUCUCCAAACCCCAAGGUUUCUGCAGUGGAAUUGGAUCAGCACCAAAACCCAGAUUCAAUUUGGGUAGAGACAGAGAAAAUGGCCUCCGACCCAUCAGAGUUGCCACCGUUGAGACGGAAACUUUUCCUCUGUUUCAGUCUACUGCCGCCGAAGAAUCUUCGUCCGAGCUGGAACCAGCAGAUCCGGACUUCUACAAGAUAGGUUUUGUCCGAAGUGUGAGAGCAUAUGGUGUUGAGUUCAAGGAGAGUCCUGAAGGUUUUGGCGUCUAUGCCUCCAAGGACAUCGAACCACGUCGUCGUGCCAGGGUGGUAAUGGAGAUUCCUCUAGAAUUGAUGAUAACUAUAAGACAGAAGUCCCCAUGGAUGUUUUUCCCGGAUUUUGUUCCUAUAGGUCAUCCUAUAUUUGAUGUCAUCAAUUCGACUGAUCCAGAGACGGAUUGGGAUCUCAGACUGGCAUGUCUUCUUCUAUAUGCAUUUGACAGAGAAGAUAACUUCUGGCAGCUCUAUGGCGAUUUUUUGCCUGCUGCAGAUGAGUGCACUAGCUUGCUCCUGGCUAAAGAGGAAGACCUUGUGGAGCUUCAAGAUCCUGAUCUUGCAUCAACUAUGAGGCAACAACAACAACGGGUCCUAGAGUUUUGGGAAAGGAAUUGGCAUUCAGGAGUACCGCUAAAAAUAAAACGGCUAGCUCGUGAGCCUGAAAGAUUCAUUUGGGCGACUAGUAUUGCCCAAACCCGAUGCAUUGGCAUGCAAACAAGGAUUGGUGCGUUGAUUCAGGAUUCAAAUAUGCUGAUUCCAUAUGCUGACAUGCUAAACCAUUCCUUUCAACCAAACUGUUUUCUACAUUGGCGAGCCAAAGAUCGCAUGCUUGAGGUUAUGACAAAUGCUGGUCAAGGUAUCAAGAAAGGCGAAGAGAUGACGAUUGACUACAUGCCAGGCCAGAACAACAACAUGCUUAUGCAAAGAUAUGGCUUCUCGUCUCCUGUGAAUCCCUGGGAUGCUAUACAGUUCUCUGGAGAUUCCAGGAUACAUUUAGACUCCUUUUUGUCAGUCUUUAAUAUAUCUGGUCUUCCUGAAGAAUAUUAUCAUGCCAGCCAGUUCUCUGAGGAUGGUGACUCUUUUGUUGAUGGAGCCGUCAUAGCAGCGGCAAGAACAUUGCCCACUUGGUCAGAUACAGAUGUUCCUGCAAUUCCCAGUGCAGAGAGGAAAGCAGCAAGGGAGUUGCAAGAUGAAUGCCAAAAGAUGCUUGCUGAAUUCCCCACAACUUCAGAGCAAGACCAGAAAUUGCUAGCAGAUUCUCUGUCGGAAGCUAGGACAACGUUUGGGACAGCGAUCAAGUACAGAAUGCACAGGAAGAUGUUUGCCCGGAAGAUCAUCAAGGCACUCGACAUCUAUCAAGAACGGAUACUGUUUUGAUCCGAACGAAAUGUUCAACCUUUUCUCCGAUAAAUGCAAGGGUUGUCGAUCAAAUCUGAGAUCUGUACACGAGAAUGUUCUUCCUCACUCCAUCUGAAUUACUCAGCCAUGGCCAUUGAAGGUUCCAUUGUCUUUAUUGUCAAGUUUGUCUCCAUGGUGUGGAGGGUCAUUUCUUUAAUAGUGUUAAUUAGACUGAGAAUGUAGUUAGGUUUAUUUGCUCGAAAGGCGCAUCUUCGCUUUUGUGAAGUUCUCCACAAGUCGUUCAACGUUUAAUGACAGGUAUGACAGUUUAAACCGUUAAGA